GGGAAGAAUGGAUUCAAAGGACGCUAAACUCUAUUAUCAGAUGGGUCUCGAAGAUGCCAACGCGACUCAAGCCAAGCAACCAUCAACAAAGCAUAGCAGGGACAUCGUUCAGCAGCGUUACAGAAAGGCUCUUGCAAAGGACCCACAAAGUUACUCCUUGACUACAACGACUGUUCCACAACAAGCUGAGGCGGAGUCUAACUUCGUUGGGAGUGCCUACUUCUUCAACAUGACAAUGCCCCAGGUAAGCAAAUCGUAAACUCAAAGGCUUUUUAAUGACUUUUCUGACUCUUGGCAGGUCCAACGUAGCCUCGCUGGUGAGUAUUUGAUUGUCUAUGCCCGCCCGAAGAUCUCCAGAACCUAUCCACGCGGAUCCGUUGUCGAGACCUUCGAUCCGGAUCUCAAGAAUCGUAUCACGAUCUUUACGGAGGUUCCAAGGAAGGGCAUCGUCGAUGCGUCAAUGCAUCAACGAAUCACCAGUGUCCUCGAACCUCAGAAUGGUGUUAAGGAUAAGUGGUGUGUAGGCACGUUACGCUUCAACGGAGCCCGAAUCGGUCUCUGCUUCGACCACCCUGAGCCCCGAACUAAGUCCUACUCUCAUGUCUGGACCGAGACAUUUCCACAAGAGCCAACUGGCACAACACUCCUCGACAAAGUUCUUCACAUGGGUCCCGUUGAGCUUGGUUCUACCGUCCGCUUUGGUAUUAAGGAUAUGAUCUAUGAACACGGUGUUCAAUACGGCUUCGAGUUCAUUGAUCUUAACCUUCAGGUUUACAACCAGAUCACAGGUGAAAAAGACCAUCAUAUCAUUGUGGGAGUCAAGAUGCCCGAGAAAAUGAACGUCUCGUCCGCGUUCAUCUUGAAACAGCCGAUCAACAUGCCGCCUCUCUCCUGGUAUAGGUGGCAGAGGCAUGUAACCAGUGAGACGAACAAGCUCAAGAAUUUGGUGUCGAAUGUCUCGAAUGUGGUCUCGGACUGGUACGAAUCGGAAACAGCAAUCCCGGAAGGAGUUACGGAGGACGAGUACAGAAAGUUCCUAGGACUCUCUUAGAAUGGGUAUCGCGUAUCACUGAGAACCGUGGUCGGAACACUUUGAAUGGAGCGCUUCUGCCACGGUGACAUAUCCAUUGAAGAAUUCUUUUGCUCAGGGCACUUGUAGGGGCUUGUGGAGCUUUGCUUCUCUCUGUGUCGACUAUAUGCAAAUAACUUAACAAACAAAGAUGGUCCUUGUGCCGAGG